UUUCAGUAGACUACUGAUUAAAGUGGGCAUUGAUUUUAGUUGUACUUUGCUUUUUUAGAACUUUGAAUGUUUUACCCACAUUUGUAUUCCACAUUGAAAAUUUCAGCCGUUAACAUCAGAGACAAAAUUUUCUAGUACCAAAAAACAGAAAAUAAAAUUCCAAAUUUGCUCAGCCUUAUAAAAUAUACAUACACAUUUUAACGCUAAUAAUGCAACGUUCCUCUCCGUUUAUGGUCGGCCCCAUGGUGCGUGGCCAUCUCCUUGGAUUGGUUGGCAACUGGCGUGAUUUGCGACGCAAUAUGGCCUCCAAUCCUUGGGGGAUUUCCCGAAUGGCGGACGCGGAUCCAGAGGGGACACCAGCCCGUGCCAGUGCCACCUCCAUGGUGACGAGCGAUGCUAGCUACCAUGCUCGUGGCGCCAAUCAGGGUUCAUUUGAGCGUCGCAUUAAUCGCGAGGAUAAUAUGUGGCACAAUCGUAGUCAAACCGAUACCAUAUGGCUCAAUUCUCGUGAUCCGCAUGCCUAUAAGCCCAAUUUCCGUCAAACGGAGCCGAUUGUGAUGCGUAAGCAAUUUAUGCGCAGUCCAGAUGAAGUAUCCCGUGAAGUCCUUGGUCGUGACUGGGAGGAGGCCGUGAAGGCCUAUCGUCGUUCAGCCCUCACCAAUAUGCCCGAUCAAGGCUGUCGAACUGGCUGGGAGGAGCAGCAGCAUAAUACAUUGAAGCUGGUUCAUCCUAUGCAACAGUCAAAUUCGCAGCAGCCACGCUCGGAGAAAAACUCUCAGAUCAAUUGGCAGAAAAACUUACAGCAAAAUACACAGAAAAAUACGCAGCAGCAGCAGCAGCAGCAGCAGCAGCAGCAGCAGCAAAAGCAAGAAUCGCAGAAAAACUUACAGCAAUUACAACAGCAGCAAAACACCCCGAAACAACCACAGCAACAGCAGCAGCAAAAUCAUUUGGAGACACAUUCAUAA